AUGGGUCGUUCGAAGCAGUUGUUAAAUAAUUCAACUAUUAAAUCUCCAAAGCCUAGUGCUACUCCGGAAUCAAAAAACAAGCAUCUUGUCAACGGCAAAGGCACUCCAUUGAGAGGUGGAUCAAAGCGUCCAGUCCCUGUCGGCAGCGACGAUAGUGAUGUAGAGGUUGAGACAGGUGCGUUUGGCGGUGAUGCUGGUGAACUAAGGAUGUCACAUAAGAAACUGAAGCUGGCGACUGAAAAGGGGAUGGAACUGCAGAAAAAAGAUCUUGUCAGUGAAGAUGAAGAGGAUGAUGACGAAGAAAAUGAUAGUGCGGAAGAAGAGGAGGAGGAGGACGAAGAGAAUGAAGAUGAUGACGAUGACGAAAGCGAAGAGGAAGAUGACGACGAUGAUAGUGAGGAGGAAGACGAUGACGAUGACUGUGAGGAGGAAGACGACGACGAUAACGAGGAAGAAUCUAGUGAAGGAGAGGAAGAAAUUAAUAAAGACAAUUCAAAACUGAAUGCUGAGAAAGGUAAAGCCAUCAACAACCUGGUUGGGUCAAAGGCUGUCCAAAAACAUGGUUCGAUGUUGAACAAUGAGAAAUCGACGGAAAAUAAGGUAUCAAGCAUACCGAGUAAAGUGACUGAGGGGUCUGAGCCAAAAAGCAGUACAUCUGGCAAGGUCCUCAUACUACAUGGACCUGAUAACUUGAAUAGUUUGAAAGAAUUCCUUUCCAAAAUUAGCCCAGUGACCAACAUAAGCAGGAUGGAACCAGCACCCAUAAUGGCUACCAUCGCUAAUAUAAGCAUUUUCAAAAGUCGAUUAAAGUCAGGAAAGUUGAUGUUUCACGGGAAGGAGCUCGAAGUAAUACCUGUAGAGAGAGUCGAGGACGCUAAUAAAGGAAUGCAACCCACGAAAACUUUGUUCGUAGGUGGAAUUCCAAAAUCCAUGACAAUUGAACAACUAAAAAGUCAACUCCCCAACAACUGUCAACCUGUUUCCCUAAAUUUGCUGAAUAAAAACCCUAAAAUCAAUAGUGCAUUUAUGUCCUUCUCCUCUAUUGAUGUGGCUAAGCAAGCUCACCAAAUUUUCAGUUCUUUAACUGUGGAAGGUCAACUGUUCAAAGCUAACUUCGCUAAAGACCAACAGCCUCGAGCUGGUCCUGAUGGUUCCGUAAGAGUCGCAGUUUCAAAUUGGGAUGGUCAUCCGAACCAGUUGCGUAAGCUAUUCCCGACAUGUUUAGACGUUCAGUGGAUUCAGAAAAAACGAAAGGCAUUUCUUAAAUUUCCUUCCUUGGAAGUCCGAAAGGCUGCUGUCUCACAGCCAAAGUUCCAUGCCGGUAAACAGCUGAAACUGGCAUUAACAGGAGGACCAGAGCUCAAGACUGCAAUCGUUUGGGGUUUUCCAGCUGAUACGAAAGAAUCAGACAUCAAAGGAUUAUUUGGUGGCGUCGUUUCAGUGUCACGGGAUACAACUACAGGGAACCAGAGCGCAUCCAUGACUGUCGAGUUUGAAACCGCUGCAGAUUGUAACAAUGCAAUUUCCUCAAACGCAACUCUGAAAGGUCGCCGCGUGACAAUAUUUUUAAAAGAUGUCUAUGUUGAUGAUUGUGCUAACAAUCAACAGAAGCAUUCUGGACCAUCUGAGAAGAAAGCUAAACCUGUAGAAGUAGGUGUUUCGAAGGUCAAGGCUGCUCACAAAGUUUCAAAGGCAGAGGAAGUCAAUGACGCAGAUGACAUUGAGGAUGAGAAUGACGACGAAGAGGACGAAGGUACAAGUGAAGAUGGCGACGACAGUGACGAAGACGAUGAAAGUGAAGAUGAAAGCGAGGAAGAAGAGGACGGAAGUGAAGACGAAAGUGACGAGGACGUUGAUAUGGUCUCACCUAAAGGCAAGGAGAAGAAGCAGUUUCCUGGCUUACACGACAAAAAAACUGGUGGAUUUCCGAAAGCAGACAACCGUUCAGGAGAUCAAAGCAACUUCAAAGCGCAGCACAAAUUUGGUGGUGAUUUCAAGCGCAACUCGUUUCGUGGUCGUGGUGGUCGAUCUCGAGGUCGUGGUGGUAACCGUGGGGGCUGGUCAAAACGCGGUGGUUCUGAUUAA